GUGUACGCAAAUCGCGCACAACUCGCUUAGCCACUGAGAAUUUAGUGGGCCCAGAAGUCAAACGAAACUAUCAGAACCAGCUCCUCGAAUGCCUGCGGGACGGCAUUGUGUGGGGUAUAAACGACCACUGGGGAGAAAUAUCCCAAGCGCUACUCAAAGCCGGAAUGUCUGUUCGCGGUACAACCCAGCUAACAUCAUCCAAGCAUUGGAUCCCCGAUAGGACCGGGUCUUUGCUGGAGACCCGGCGACAGAUUCCUCCUGGCCGCCACCACAACUCCACGCGGCGCAUCAUCCGACGCCAGGUGAAAUUGAGUAUCCAUGCCGACCGAGAAGCUUGGUGGACCCGACAGGUCGAAGAAAUGGAAGAUGCAAAAAAUGCUGGAAACGUGCGUAGGCUGUUCCACUUGAUUCAUUCAACUGUCAGCGAAAUAAUCAGGGACCAAAAUGGCUCCCCGAUAUUCAGCAAAGCAGCACGUUUGGACCGCUGGGCACAGUAUUUCGAGCAGCAAUCCAGCUGGCCACAUGCUACCUCCAAUCCAGAAUCCUGGUUUUCAGUAGAAAGCAUGUCCGUGGAUAAUGAAGCAAAGGGUGCAGAAGAUGAAGCGCCGACGGGACUGUCUGAUUCAGCCGAUUUUCUUGAUUUUUUAAAUUCCUCGGAUACUGAACCUGAUGACUCGAAAAGCGCUCAGCCUGAAAAUUUUGAAGCGAAUUCCGACCACGAGUCAGUUAACGGUGACUCUCCAUCAUUGACAUUGUCCAUUACCAACGUGGUGGUGAUGGCCAGUAUGCGAUGUCACUUGCGACUGAAGGAAAUUGCACGAUCCAGCGUGGAUGUGGAAUACAAGGCUUUGCAGAAUCACGUCAUCAUGCGGUUACGCUCCCCGUACACGGUUGCAACCAUAUGGUCUAGUGGGAAGAUUUGGUGUACUGGCGCAAAUUCGCUAGCAAAGGCGAAGACGGGAGCCAGACGCAUUGCAAGACGAAUCGCCAAAUGCGGUUUCCCUUGUCGAUUCAGCAAAUACAGAGUGGUUAAUAUAAUGGCCACCUGUCAUUUGCCCUUUCGGGUGCGCUUAGAGGAACUGGUCAAAGAGAAGCCUAUGCAGAUGUGCUAUGAACCUGAAUUGGCUCCUGGGCUGACCUUCAAAACGGAUCUUAAUUCCAGUACUUUGUUGAAAGUCUUCUCGACGGGACGAGUCGUCAUCAUGGGUCCGAGCCUCGAUGCUAUUAGCGAUCUUGUGGAAGAGUUAGUACCUCUUGCUGCUCUGCAUCAAACAGACGAGCCCGUGUCGGAUUCUGACGACGAAGAGUCCAAGCAACAUAAGACCGCUCGUGUGAGAGCGGAAGCCGCAGCCGCUCGCCGUAUGCUAUUUCUUCCGGGAGAACUUCCUAUGGAUGCGCUAGGUUAUGUUGAUGACGAGGAUGAGUACGAUAUAAAUGAUGAGGGCGAUGGCUUGGGUGGUUACUCUACCGAUGACUCGACAGACAGUGGUGCUUCUGUUGAUAGUGAAGGUGUGAGUUCGCGCACGAAACGGCACGAUCGGUCUAGAACACUAGGUCGGCCCUCGAACCCCAUCUAUGACCUGCAAUGUAAAAACCCUCCUGCACCGCCGCGUCCAAUGUCCUUACGUGAGUCCAUGGACUUCGCGUUCUGCAAACGCGCUGCUGGUGAUGUGGACGGAGCUCGUGGGGCCAUUGCCGCGGCUGCCGAUUUGCGAAGGGAGCAAGAAAGCCAACCACAAGUUCUUUCUUCGAAACCUAGUCACGCAAAAUUUGCACCACGGCCUGUUAAGGCUCUACCGUCUUCCACUGAUCCCACAUGGUCAAAGAAAACAGUGGCUUCCGGUUCCACAAAACGAGCUUGUGUUGUCACCUACUCAGGUACCGAAGAUAGUGGGGACACGAAUUUUGAUUCUGUGACAAGUGCUUCCAUCCACCCACCGCCUAGUACCCUGCAACAAUCUAAUCCGGCUGUCCGAGUGCUUCCCUCGACCUCUAUCUCUCCAACGACUACUGUUGUUCCUGCUGCCUGUCUUCCACAGGCAAUUGUCACUGGCUAUCCACCAACAUCAGCACCGGCGCAAACGCAAUAUGUGAUUGUAACAGCGGCGCAAAGUCUCUCACAGUCGACUUUAGUUCACACAUCCCCUGCGACACAGUCUACAGCUGUCCAAGUAAUUCAUCACAGUGUUCCAACAGCUCAACGGCAGGUCUUUCGACUUGCACAGCCUCCAGUACUCGGUUUGUCCGGUCAAAAUGGAUGCACCAUACCGUCGACAGUUUAUCCUAUCCGGGCUCCACCACCGGCAGCAGGUGUACAAGCAGCCACCGUGUUACCCACUGUUGGUGCAAAAUUUGUCAACUACGGUCCAACUCCGAAUAGCGGCGCCGGACCGUUUCUCAGUUUGAAGUGCGUGUCAAGCGCCCCGACCUAUCAGCUGGUUCAGCCAUCUCCCAUAAAUGGCCCCGUCUUCAUGGGAACUACUUUUUACCAACAACCGAUGCAGUUGGCGGGUGGCGUUCCCGUAACAGGUGGUGGCAUGUUUCUCAAUCCAAUGUCUACGGCCGUGGUAGCGAUGGGGACUCCGGUGCACCCUUCCUUGGUUAACACACCUAUGCCACAAUCUUUCCUCACCAACCAACAGAGUCACCUAUAGUGGGACGGAACUCUGCUUCUUCGAGUUUCCCCGUGGACUGGUGCGCCUUCCUUGAGCACAGACCUUAGUUCAUUUUUUCGUUUCCUUUUCUACAAGAUCGCAGGUUACUUGGAGCGCAGGGUGGUUUAAGGCGAACGGAUCAUCCCUGAUCGGCAUUGGUAGUGUUUUUCUUUGUUCAUUAUAGGUUACGACAGCCAUCUGAGACUAUUUAGUGGUUGAUAUGUGCAUUUACUAUUUCAGAAGCAAGCUGUUUUCCGUCUUUCCUGUUGUUUGUCCCACCUACCGAUUGAGCCAGGCGGAGAAACUAUACAUCCUAAGCAAACCAUCCUGGUACGGCGCUAGCCGUUCGCAUUCGUCAGGUCUUUCUUUAUGCACCCUACGUAAGUGGAAUCUUCGCAUUAUUCAUGGUAGACUAUUCCAUUACGAGCGCAGCCACAUCGGAGCCUAACUCACGCUUCAGUUUGUACAAAGAACUCGCCCGUUUCUUUCUACCUUUCUCCCGGCGUUUCGCAUUGACGUCGGACACUUCCAUGUACGACCACUGUAUAUUUCAUUGUUAACAUGCGACUACUGUACUGUUUGGCACAUGUUGAUCUAACUUGUAGUCUUGCUGUAGUCUAUUUCCAAGUCGUUGUAUGGGAGUGUAAAUAGGAUCGUUCACUCUCACCCAUGCAAAAUGGAAUGCCUAGU